AGCCUGUGGAGACGGCGCGAGUCACGUGGUGGGGCCGGCCGCCUCCUCAUAACAAGACGAGUGGGGAGGAGCGGAGUGACAGACCGGCGUGAGAGAGCGGGGAAGAGUUUAGUGACACGACGAUUGCUGUAUAUACACUACCGGGGGUCUCUGCUCUGUACGUACCGCAGCAGCUAUGGGUCUUCUCUCUCACGGCUCCCCGCUCACCUGGGAAGAGACUAAGAAAUAUGCGGAUCACGUGCGGAAGCAUGGCAUCGUCCAGUUCCUGAACAUUUACCAUAAGUUGAAGGAUCGCCAGAAGGACGUGCUCAAGUGGGGCGAUGAGGUGGAGUACAUGUUGGUUGCCUUUGACCGUGAAAAUCGCAAGGUGCGAUUAGUUCUUCAAGGAGAGGAAAUGCUUGACACACUUCAGGGCCGAGGUGAAAAAAUAAACCCAAACCAUCCUACACUUUGGAGACCAGAGUAUGGCAGCUAUAUGAUUGAGGGAACUCCUGGACAGCCUUAUGGAGGAACAAUGGCAGAGUUUAAUACAGUGGAGGAUAAUAUGAGGAAACGACGUCAGGAAGCCUCCUCCUUACUUUCAGAAAAUGUUUCGAUUUGUACUAUAACGUCCUUUCCAAGAUUGGGAUGUCCUGGAUUCACAUUGCCAGAAUUUCAACCAACUCCUAUGGAACAUGGAGCCUCCAAGUCUCUCUUCUUUCCAGAUGAGGCGAUUAACAAACAUCCUCGUUUUAGUACUUUAACAAGAAAUAUUCGACACAGACGUGGGGAAAAAGUAGCCAUUAAUGUUCGUAUUUUUAAAGACAGAAAUACUCCCUCUCCAUUUAUUGAAAGAUUUUCAAAUGAUCCUGGUGAUGGAGCAAAGGCAGCCCUGCCUGAUCAUGUAUACAUGGAUGCCAUGGGUUUUGGGAUGGGAAACUGCUGUCUCCAGGUAACUUUCCAGGCUUGCAGUAUUUCAGAAGCCAGGUAUCUUUAUGACCAGCUAGCAACAAUAUGCCCCAUUGUGAUGGCUUUAAGUGCAGCUGCUCCAUUUUACAGAGGCUACAUCUCUGAUAUAGACUGUCGUUGGGGAGUUAUAUCUGCCUCUGUAGAUGAUCGCACUAAAGAAGAAAGAGGCUUGGAGCCACUGAAGAAUGAUAAAUAUAGAAUCAGUAAAUCUCGAUAUGAUUCUAUAGACAGUUAUCUGUCAACGUGUGGUGAAAAGUACAAUGACAUUGAUUUAACUAUAGAUAAGGACAUCUAUAGUCAGCUAACAAGAGAGGGAAUCGAUCAUCUCUUGGCUCAACACAUAGCACAUCUUUUUAUCAGAGAUCCAUUGACCUUGUUUGAAGAGAAAAUACAUCUAGAUGAUGCCAACGAAUCAGAUCAUUUUGAGAAUAUUCAGUCAACAAAUUGGCAAACUAUGAGGUUUAAGCCACCUCCACCCAACUCUGAUAUAGGUUGGAGAGUAGAGUUUCGUCCUAUGGAGGUUCAGUUAACAGAUUUUGAGAACUCUGCAUAUGUGGUGUUUGUGGUUCUACUGACUAGAGUGAUUCUUUCAUACAAGUUGGAUUUUCUAAUUCCUCUGUCAAAGGUUGAUGAAAACAUGAAAAUGGCCCAAAAAAGAGAUGCUGUUCGGGAAGGAAUGUUUUAUUUCAGAAAAGAUAUUUGUAAAGCUGGUAUUGCUGCAGUUGAUGGCUGUUUUACAGCAGUUAAUGGUACAGAAACUGAGACAGAAGAGUACACUUUGAUGAGCAUUGAUACAAUAAUCAACGGAAAGGAUGGUGUUUUUCAAGGUUUGCUCCCAAUUCUUAACUCAUACCUUGAAAAUAUGGAAGUUGAUGUAGACACUCGCUGCACCAUCCUAAACUACCUUAAACUUAUUAAGAAGAGAGCAUCUGGAGAAUUGAUGACUGUUGCCCGAUGGAUGAGAGAGUUUGUAUCUAAUCAUCCAGACUACAAGCAAGACAGUGUGAUCACUGACCAAAUAAACUACGACCUGUUGGUGAAAUGCAACCAAAUAGCUAAUGACCAGACUAGUUGUCCUGAGCUGCUAGGAUUUUCAACUAGGAUAAAGGAAAAUGGGAACAAAAAUGUCUCUCUAUGAUGUGACAUGUAACCCAGAUAAUUCAGUCAGUUGAGCAGUAUCUUUUUGGUAUGGUGACCAAGAGAUGCUCCAGCAAAAACAUGGGGCAAUGUGAUUUUAUGCAGUGGUAGCUUCAUAAAUGACAUAAAUGAAUACUAUUAACAUUUAUACAGUAUACAUGUAAAUAGUAAAAUAUUUUUAUGACUAACAAUGUAUUUAGUUAACAUUGUAUCAAGCUACUGUGAAAUUUUAUGUAUAAUCUGGGAAAACAGUUGUUAGGUUCUAUACAGUAGGGUACCAGUAGUUGUGAAAUGUUUGAUUUUUUUUUUUCUUUAGAAAAAUAUAUAUUAGCAUCCCUUUUAGUAACCAGUUCCUCAGCACAGAGUCUUGCAUUCAAAAAGUAGGUAACAGUACAAUGCCUGGCCACAAAGCUGGCAGAUGAUAACUUUAUUUGAUUCUCUAAAUGAAGCAGUCAUCUGAAAGGCUGCUGUGCUGAAGCAAGCACAUUUUGCUCAGUGGACUGGUGUUGCCUGGGGGAGACCUGCAUUCCAUGACUCGUAAGCAUUUUUUUUCCCACAGUAAAUAGCCAGUUUCACACUCUGCCCGUUUUAGGACAAAUGCUGCUUAGAAUACCUUUUGGGGAAAAAAAGAAAAAAAAAAUUUGGGGUAUUUAGUUUUGAUUGAAUGACUUCUACAGUAGAAUUUACUGUUAGUACUGACCAGAACAUGUCCAGCUGAUAACCCAACUGGCCUCAAGUCUUGUUAUGUACAAACCAAACGUUAGCCUGAUUUUGUGAUAUGUUGUAAUUAACUAUUACUUGUAAUACUGCUUGUCUGUUGUAAAAAAAAAAAAAAAUUAUAUCAAACUGUAUAUAUGUGAAUUGAUCAUAAUUGAAUGUUGAUGCAAGCCCAAACUUAUUUUAAGAACUGGAUAUGAAGUAGGUUGCAUAUAUAUUAAACUUUUAUUUCUGUGGCUAAACCUAUGACCAUUGCCUGCUAUAGGUGUGCUAUAAAGUCUGGAGAAGACCUGUUAAAUGUUAUACAGCACUGUUUUAAUCCUGAUGUAUAUUUUAAAGCGAAAAAUAUAUAGUUGGUACCAAC